ACAUGAAUUAAAAUCCUCCAAAAUCUGUAAUUUUCCUGACUUUCUCUCUCCUCUGACACCACCACCACCGCCACCACCACCACGAACACCCCAGCAUCUCAAGAUCAGAUAAAAAAAAACCCACAAACGAAAUUUCCCCCAAAUUAUCAACAGAGGAAGAGAGAGAAAAUAAGGAGAUUUAGUAAUGGCGUACCCGGUAACAAGUUCAUGGGCGAGAGCUCUGGUUCAGAUCUCUCCUUACACCUUCUCGGCCCUCGGCAUCGCCCUUUCCAUCGGCAUCUCCGUCCUUGGCGCCGCCUGGGGAAUUUAUAUUACUGGGAGUAGUUUGAUUGGUGCGGCAAUUAAAGCUCCUAGAAUCACAUCCAAAAAUCUCAUCAGUGUAAUCUUUUGUGAAGCUGUAGCUAUUUAUGGAGUAAUUGUGGCUAUCAUUUUGCAGACAAAGCUAGAGAGUGUUCCAUCAUCUCUGAUUUACGAACCUGAGUCACUUAGAGCAGGAUAUGCAAUCUUUGCAUCUGGACUAAUUGUCGGCUUUGCCAACCUUGUUUGUGGGUUAUGUGUGGGUAUAAUUGGAAGCAGUUGUGCUUUAUCUGAUGCUCAAAACUCGACGCUGUUUGUGAAGAUUUUGGUGAUCGAGAUUUUCGGAAGUGCGCUUGGGUUGUUUGGUGUAAUUGUUGGCAUCAUUAUGUCAGCCCAAGCAACAUGGCCAAAAGCUGCAUGAUUUGCAUAUGAGAUAAAAUUUGUUUAAAAUAGUGAACCUCUCCAUUUCCAUGUUCAGUAGCGCGGAAUGCUUGUAUAUCUAAAACACCUUUGUCUGGCUCCUCGAAAUUGAGAUCAUAAUAGCAGAUUGAUCAUGUAUUUUGCCAUUUUGGUAGAUUUAUGUUGUUAUUCUAAUUCUUGAAUAAUGAGGGAGGAGCUCGAUCACCGCUUCGUUUCCUAAAACUCGUCGUCAACUUGAAGCGAUUAUUGUUUGUUCAUGUUGAGAAUUCUUAUUUAUGUACACAAAAUAAAAGUUUUGUUUCCAA